CAAACUAUUUCUCUUAAAGUUAGCCAUCAUUGGGUAUCAAGAAAUCAUUGAAAAUCAAGGUCCUGAGGACUACGAGUAUCAGCUUAACCUCAUGUUCCGUGAAGAUGAUGAGUGGUGGAUUAACGAUUGCAUGAAGCCAUUCCUGCAGUGGAGGAUGCCACACCUGGAGCACAUCGUUUUCGGGGAUAGUGGCCUUCAUCCAGGGUCUUUCUACUUAAACGCCAUCUAUGACGUCAUCGAGAACAGCUACAAGACGGUCUUGUUGCUUAGCAACCAGUCUGUGGAGGAUACCUGGUUCAUGACCAAACUCCGUAUGGCCGUGGAGCAUAUGAAUGACACCAAGUUGGAGAAGGUCACCCUCAUAUUCUUAGAGGACAUCGAUGAUGACCACCUACCGUAUCUUGUAAGGCUGUUACUGAGUCGGAACAAACCUUAUUUGUUGUGGGUAAAUGAUGAUGAAGAUGGACAAGAAUUCUUCUGGGCAAAGUUUGAGAAGAGCAUGAGGGCUAACAGGGAAAUGAAUAAUGUAAUUCCAGUUUAG